AUGCAAAGCAGCAGGGCUCCGGCCAUCAGCGUGAGCGCGGAGAGCUGCAUCCCGGCGGGGCUGCGCCUGGGUCCUGUGCCGGGCAUCUUCAAACUGGGCAAGUACCUCUCAGACCGCAGGGAGCCAGGACCCAAAAAAAAGGUGCGGAUGGUGAGAGGGGAGUUAGUGGAUGAAGCCGGGAGCUCAGCUCUGGAGUGGAUAGGGUUAAUCCGGGCUGCCCGAAACUCCCAAGAGCAAACACUGGAGGCUGUUGCGGAUCUGCCAGGAGGACAGAUUUUCUACCGGGCGCUGCGAGAUGUCCAGCCGGGAGAGGAGCUCACCGUCUGGUACUCCAACCCCUUGGCGCAGUGGUUUGACAUCCCCGUCACGGCCACCCCGACGCACGACGAGAAAGGUUUUCGAAAUACCGUUGUCACCUUGGGUGUUCCUCGCGAUGGUUGCCGGACUGGAGCUGAGCUGGGGAAAGCGCCGGGCAGGGCUCGGUGGCGCUCGGGAGGCGGCCGGUCCCGCCGGUCCCGCCACGCUUUUGCCGAGGACGACGAGGGCCAAACCGCCCCGCUGGAGAGACCCGCAAAGGCAACCGAAGGCAGGAGGAGGGAGCCCGCGGGGCGGGUGGCCGCACGCCCCUCGGCCCGUACCGCUCCUUCACCCGUUUUCCAACGCAAGUCGGUGGGACUGCGGCCGCGGUUCCCCCCCACUCCGCGCCCGGGCAGACACCCUCCCGCCUCCCUCCCUCCUCGACGGGGCGAAAAACCUCGUCCGACGACAUCAUAUCGCUGCACAGCCCGCGGACCGCCGCUCGACGGCGAGCGAGGGAGGGCUGCGCACCACGGCGAGGACACAGGCGACGAGACGCAGGCGACAGCGCUGGAUCCUCGCACGCGAGAGAGCGAAGCCUUCGUGUUCCACCCGCACCCGGCUGAUCCCCGGCCCAAAUGCUGGCUCAAAAGCCCCCCCGGGAGGCUGGUCGCGGCCAGCGUGUCCGCCUCCGUGACCCGCGCCCCCUCCCCGGGUGCCCCGGCUGCCGCGGAGCGCAUCGCCGCUCGCUUGUGCCCCACCUCACCCCCUAUCGCCCCCCAAGGGACCCCCCGGAAACCCAAGACCGGGCACCUCUGCCUCUACUGCGGGAAGCUCUACUCCCGCAAGUACGGGCUGAAGAUCCACAUGCGGACUCACACCGGCUACAAGCCGCUCAAGUGCAAGGUCUGCCUGCGGCCCUUCGGGGACCCCAGCAACCUCAACAAGCACAUCCGCCUGCACGCCAAGGGCAACACGCCCUACCGCUGCGAGUACUGCGGCAAGGUGCUGGUGCGGCGCCGCGACCUGGAGCGGCACGUCAAGUCCCGGCACCCGGGGCAGAGCCUCGGCAAGGCGGCCGAGGACAAGAGUGACUCUGGCUACGCGCACCCCGAGCAGGAGCAAAAGACUGACAACGAGAGCGACGUGGACGUCUGCUUCACCGACGACCAGAGCGACCCGGAGAGCGGCAGCAGGAACCGCGAGCAGUGA